AUGGCUGGCCCAGCCGGCCCAGAUAGAGGGACGAAGCGCGCACGCUCGCCCUCGCGGUCCCCUUCGCGGUCUCGAUCGCGAUCACCCCCGCGACAACGGAAGAGACCUGGCCAGGGUUCCCGGAUUUCUGCCGUCGACCGUGAAGCUGCUCGUAAACGGCAGCACGACCGCGAGCAGGAGGCACAAAGGACAGCGCACCAGGAAGCAGCCCAGCGAGGCGUACACGAUGUGGUUAAGCAGCAUUACAACACGGUCCCCGAACGUGGCCGUGAAUGGCGCGUGACGGACUCCAAGAUCAAGGGUCUACGGAGCUUCAACAACUGGGUCAAGUCAUCGAUCAUCCAAAAGUUCAUUGGCGACGAGCGAAAUCUCAAGAUCAUGGAUAUGGGAUGCGGAAAGGGAGGUGACUUGCAGAAAUGGCAGGCCUCCCGCAAGGUAGCACUCUAUGUUGGCGCCGACCCAGCCGAUGUCUCCAUCAAGCAGGCGCGGGAACGUCAUGAGCAAAUGCGAAAGCGGUCUAGGGGACGCGUUUUCCACGCCGAGUUUUACGCCAGGGAUUGCUUCGGUGUGUCGCUCGAGGGAAUACCCAUUGUCAAAGACGUGGGCUUUGACGCGCACGUUGGCCCUGGAAAUGCGGCCAGUCAGCGUUGGGGAGGUGGUGGUUUUGACAUGGUCACCAUGAUGUUCUGCAUGCACUAUGCUUUCGAGAGCGAGGAAAAGGCGAGGGGCAUGUUGAAGAAUGUUUCGGGCGCAUUGAAGAGGGGAGGCCGUUUUAUUGGCUGCAUCCCGAACUCUGACGUGCUCUCUGCGAAGGUCAUUGCACACCACAAAGCAAAAGGAGGUGCAGAGACUAAUGGCAAUGGGGCCGCUGCUGACGAGGAGGAUGACGACCGACCAACCUUCGCCAGCGACGACGAAGACGACUGGGAUCCGGAGAAAAGCUUGGACAGCCCGAAGCCAGAGGGCGAGCACAGCGAGGAGAAGAUCAAAGAGAAGGAGGGCGACGAAAAGGAAGAUGGACAGGUCGAAGAGGAAGGUUUCGAGUGGGGCAACUCCAUCUACAGGGUCAAGUUCCCUGGCAAGACACCGCCUGAUGGCACCUUCCGACCUCCCUUUGGCUGGAAGUACUUCUACUUCCUUGAAGAGGCUGUCGAAGAAGUCCCCGAAUACGUCGUCCCGUGGGAGGCGUUCCGUGCGUUGGCAGAAGACUACAAUCUCGAGCUGCAGUAUCGGAAGCCCUUCCGUGAGGUCUGGGACGAGCAGAAAGACGAUCCAGAGCUGGGACCGCUGGCCGAGAGGAUGAACGUGCGCGAACGUGGCGGUGGGAGGUUAUUGACUUCGGCGGAGGAGUUGGAUGCGGCCGACUUCUACCAUGUUUUCUGCUUCUACAAGGUCUGA